AGAUGCCGUUUCCGCACGCGGCAUUAUAACCUUUGAACUUUAAAUUCAGGACUGGGAGGCAGAGAUCAGUUCCUCCUCUGGUCCUUUUGUUUGAAAAUCGUGAAGAAAUCGCCAGAAAUGACGAGUCACCGAGCCAGUACGUCUUCUACCCUUUCCUCGGGAUCCGCCACGCCCCGCGGCCUGGGCCAUGCCCCCAGCUGGACGGAUGACCUGCCAGUCUGCCCCCUGUCCGGGGUGGGCUCCUCCACUAACCAGACCUACAGGCUGGACGGGCUCAGGCAGGAGGAACACCCCUUCGAGGACAGGUGUUUCCACUUCAGGCAUGAGAGCGACGUGUACCUGUAUGGUGUGUUUGAUGGGCAUGAUGGGAACCGAGCCUCAGACUUUGCCACCCAGCGCAUGCCUGCAGAACUGCUGCUGGGCCAGCUGGACAAGAUCCAGACAGACAGGGAUGUCAAGAUGGCUCUACACCAGGCUUUCCUGGCUGUAGACAAGGCCUUUUUUGAAGCUAUUGAUGACUACUUGUGUGAGAAAACUACACUUCAGUUGGAGCUGCCAGAGGGUAUGAGUGACUACGAGGUUUACCAGCAGUACCCACAGUUGGUGGAUAAACUCCAUGCCCUGGAUGAGAAGAUCACAGGAGGAACUACAGCUGUGGUGGCACUCAUCCUCAAUAACAAACUGUAUGUGGCAAAUGCAGGAGACAGCAGGGCGGUGCUGUGUAAGACCAAACCUGACUCCUCGCUAGAAGUGGUCCAGCUGAGUAACGACCACGUGAUCGACAAUCCCGACGAGACCCUGCGCCUGUCGCAGCUGGGGCUGAACAUGGAACUCAUCCGCAGCCAGGGCAGUCGCCUUGGCAACCAGGACUGCACCCGCACGCUGGGAAAUUACCAUCUCAAGGGGGGGUACAAGGACUUUGACAUCCUCAGUGUUGCCACAGCAGAACCAGUGAUAGCAGAGCCAGACGUGGUGGGAGGGAUCACAGUGGACGAGUCCUGUAGUUUCCUCAUGCUGUUUUCUGAUGGCUUGUAUAAGUCCCUGGAGAAGUGUACUGGUACGGACAGUGUGAACAGAGACCUGGCCUACAUGGUGUCCGAGGAGCUGGGGAACCAGUCCACCCUGAACAGUGUGGCCCAGGCCGUGGUGGACCGCGUCGUGAGACUUCACCACGACACCUUCAUGCGGGGAGGGGAUCACGCGCGCCUGUGUGCCAAGAGACCUGACAUCAUGCUUAUUGUGAGGAACUUCAACCAUCCGUUCCCCAACUCUUUAACAAGUCCCACACAAGGAGGGGUGUACAACCCCGUCUCUGUUCCAUACAGACCACAUAAGAAUGAAGGACCUCCCCCCAAACUUAUCAUGCCCCCCAAACAGCCCGUUCCUACAAACCUGCAUGAAACCUCACCAACCACUACAGUUGUAGCUCCAGCGACCAAUCAGAGCCCAGUUGUGGCACAACAGUCCCCCUCGGCCACCAUGAGCGAGGUAGCUGACACAAACGUCACUCAAACUACAGGGACGACCAGUAGUGAUACGGAGAGAAGCGGCCCGGAGCUGAGGCUAUUCCGCCGCCGGCAGCGAUCUUACCAGCCGUUAACACUGGACGACGACGGUUUGGUAGAGCCGUAUGUGGACUUCUCUGAUUUUCACCAGAGGUGGAAUGAAUUCAUGAAGACACAGAAGGAACACAUAAGUAGCCUACAGGAGGAAAAGGAGCCCAGUCUUAAGGAAGAGCCUGACAAAGAACUGGAGGAGGAGGAGGCACAACGUUGAAGUUCUCACUGUUAUUACCGAAACAGUGUUGUCUUUUCACAGUGCUGCAUGCUAACCAUUGAUAGCAUUUAAUGCUUUCUCAUAUGUGUAUAAAUAAUAAGCACUUAGAUAUUCAAUGUACAGUACCGGUAUGUACAUGUGCAUGCAUCAAACAUUUGUCCCUAUAGAUAUAAAUGUUUCCUGCAUCACAUGGAUUUAUAUGUAAAUAUGUAAUGUGUUUAUAGCUUUCAGAGUGUGUCCCAAAUCCUGCAAGACAGGACAAGAAACAUCAAAUGUAAACUUUAUGAUAAUCUUUCUACAGUAGAUGUAUGUAACACCUUUACAUAGAAGGAUGAGAAUGCCCAGUGAGUGGUGACUACCUACUUGGUUUAAGCUCUCAGGCUACUAAGUAAGCCUACCAUAUCACCUUAUGAUGGCAAAGGUCCAUUGUAGGCUGAGCAGGGUUGAAAAUAAAGGAUGAAAGAUGAUGCGAUA